AAACUGACAUGUGUAAUCUUCAGUUCACAGUGCAAACAUAUCUUUUAGUAACAUUCAUGUGUCUAUGGCUACUAUGAAAGCAAUGUACACACUUUCUUUAUGUUCUUUUUGUUCACUAAAACAGGUAAAAACUCCAUCUUUAAGUCCAGUAUGUUCUUACAAGCUUAACUCAAAUGCUUCAUCUGCUUUUUGGGUACAAAUGUUUAGUCAAGACAGAGGAGUUGCAGCCUCUGUAGCCUUCAAUCCUCCUGGCAAUUUUGAUAUCUCCAUGGAAGAUGAUGAAGACAUAGACAAUUCACAGAAGGCACCUCCAGCAAUGCCCCCAAAAGAAGGGCGAUAUGAAGUAACCAUUGACAAUCAUGAUAUCCGUAGUCUUGACUUAACACCAUUUCAGACCACUGUUGGAUUUACUUCACCUUCCUCUGUUGAACCGCAGGAGUUUCUUGAACGGACGAUUGGAUUUACAAUCAACUACACCAAAGAAGAUCCAUAUGAUCCUCGAGAACUUUCUGAAUAUCCUGACAUACGACUCUGGUUUCUUAGACUCGAUGCUACUUACCCGUGGCUUCCUGUCCUUUUGGAUUGGCGAGCUGGAGAACUUGCUCGCUAUGCAGCCAUGCUAGUUCCUCACCAGAUGAGCAUGAGAAUGGGAGUUGUAUUUAACCCUGAGGCGCUGGAGUUAUUUGUCAUGGAGAAAGUUUUUGUGGUAUAUUCAUGGUUGAAGCAACAUGAUAUCCCUAAGCCAAGAUUGAAGGCGAAAGAUAUGGCCAGAAUGCUUGGAUUUGGGAUCGGAGAUGAACUGUUUGACUUAAUUGAUAAACAUCACGUGGACUCAUAAUAAACGUGAGCUUUUGAUUUGGAAUAUAUAAACGGCACAUAAUAGAGGUGAGGAAGUUAGAAAUCAUCUACUUAUUCGCAAAUGAAUACUAGAAACCACUUACAUGUAUGCCAAUGGAUACAAUAAAAAUAAAAAUAGAAGUGAUGCUUACUUUUCUA